AUGGCAGGAAACAAGAGGCUGAUGAAGGAGUUGGCAGAGAACCAAAGCACACCACCACCAGGCUGCAAAAUCUCCCUCGAGAACGACGAUGACAUCCUCCUAUGGAACGUCACCAUGACGGCUCCCUCCGACUCAAUCUACGCUGGCGGCAACUUCAAAAUCCUCAUCAAGAUUCCCAAGGAGUACCCAUUCAAGCCUCCAGUCCUCAACUUCAAGACCAAAGUCUACCACCCAAAUGUCACAAAUGAUGAGAACGGCUCGAUGUGUCUGGGUAUGCUGCGACCAGACGAGUGGAAGCCGCCGAACAAGAUCUCGGACGUGUUGAAACUGGUUCGCACGGUGUUGGCUGCGCCACAGCCUGAUGAUGCGGUGGAGCAGGGUAUUGCGGAUCAGUACAAGAACAACCGCAAGGAGUUUGAGAAGGUCGCGAAGGAUUGGGUGAACAAGUAUGCGAAGUGA